CUAAACUGAACUGUGCUGUUCUCUGUCCUUUAGUUCACGGAGUAAAGAGCACACACACUUCGCUCCUCGCUCAAACUAUUACCUACAGCGGACACACACGGGAUAUUUUACAAUAGAUAGUUACAAGGAGUGUUCAUUGUCGCUAUCAUCCGAGACUUCUCGCUCAUGAUAUUUAAUUCUAUACUCUGAGAAUUUGAUGGAUUAUGCGCUGGACUGUUUUUUAAACUGGCCGCAAUCCUUAUGAUCUUGCUGGAUUUAAGGUCUGCUGUCAGUCUGAAAUGGUUGCCCGGGCGGUGACCAUUUUCCAUCAUGAGGAGCAAGGAGGCUCAUGCUGUCCACAUCCUUCUCCUCCACCCUGGGACCAAGCAGAGGACCUCAGCUACAUCACCACCACCUUCCAGUAUCUACAGACCUCAGGCUGGUACUGGGGUUCCAUCUCCGCAAGUGAAGCUCGGGAAGCUCUCCUGACAAAGUCUGAAGGUACGUUCCUGGUGCGGGAUAGCAGUCACCCUCAGUAUAUGCUGGCCCUGUCAGUGAAGACCCGCUGUGGACCCACGAGUGUACGAAUAGAGUACAGCAGGGGCUGUUUCUGGCUGGACUCCAUCUCCCCUGGUCUAUCUCACCUGCAGUCCUUCCCAGAUGUUCUCAGUCUCAUACAGCACUACAAAAUCUCAGGCCACACACCACAGGAACAGGCAUCUAAUGACAUCCACCCCAAAACAAAGACCGACCCUGCCAGGCACGCGGCUAAAGACAGCGGAGUUCCUCUAAAGUUGAUGCACCCCUUACACAAACCAGAGGCCUUCCCUUCUUUGCAGCAUAUGGCCCGCCUCACUAUCAACAGACACACAAACUGCACAGACCAGCUGCCACUCCCAAAGCCUCUGCUGCGCUACUUGCAGGACUACCCUUUCCACAUAUGAGAGUCUCUGCCCCCUUAGACACAGGACACAGAGACUGAACACAUGGCUCAGGGUCACACUCCAUGACCACACACACUGUGACUCUGGGACAGUUUGGCUCCCCGGACAGCAGAGACUGGCCCAGAGGGAGAAUAUUGUAAUGUUUCAAGUACAAUAAAGCUCAGUGCAACAUCAGCACUCAUGAAUGAGCUCAGUCUUAUUACAGUGCUACUGUUGUUCUCCAGAAUAAUAUCUUUAAUAUUUUUAUAUGUUUCAGCUUCUGUGAAUCCGUUUUAUUUCUACAAUGCCAAUACGUAAGCUUUUGUUUUUUUUUAAUCUUUACUUGCCCCAUUUAGUAAGAAGAGAGAGACGUACUGGUUUUAGCAUGUUGUUAGGUCAGUGGCCUCAACUGUGUCUUCAACAAAGCAGCUCAAACUGUUCCAGCAGACAUAACAAUUCAAAUAAUUUGGGUUUUCAUCUUUUUGUUUUUCUCUUCUU